AUGAAGCAACUCCAGCAGCGAGCUCUUGAUCAGUUAGCCGUGCUCCAGUCUCGUGUGCAAGCCGUCCUAACUCAGACCUACGAACUCCACGAGUACCCGAUCCCUCGUCUUUUCGUUGUCCUUCCUCAAGACCCUUCAGGUUGGGAUGCCGUAAAUCCAUUCUCGAACAAGUUCCGUCUCUACUUUCUAUGCGAGUGCGGAGAACACACCAAGUCGAUCGACUGCAAGACCGAGAUCUCUCAUGAUAUCCACUUUGCUAAACAUGAAGGCUACGAGAUCGCUCGGCCUUCAGAGUUCUUUCAGCAAUACGGCCCCUAUGUCCUCACUAUCCUCAAGAUGCUCAAGUUCGGUGUUUCGGUUGCCGGAGUGGCUGUACCAGCUAUCUCUCAUCUGGUCAAAUCGGACGCCAUCGAUCAAGCCACUGCCGGUAUACAACAGUUGAGGGACAACAUUGAGCCUGGAAUGGAUCAUCUCAUAGGCUGGAUGGACAAGGUCUCUGUGAAUGAAGGCGAGGCUGUUGACGAGUUUUCUAAGCAGAUGGAGAAGAAGGAGGCAUUGGAAGGCGCCGAUCUACGCAAGCUCGACACCUUUCUGAAGGACAUGGACGGCAAUAAGGUGUUGGGGAACCUGUACAGGACCGUUACGGACGAGGGACAUGUCAAAUGGGUUUGCAUUGACCACUACCGCAUGAACUAUCUAGAAAACUCGGCCAAGGAGUUCCUGCGCGUGUUAGAUUCCGUCGGAGGAUCGUUUAGUGAAAACGUCGGUAGGGUUGACGUGAGACUCCAGUCGAGAGCGUUGGCAGGACAUUUCUUUUCAGCACUGGGAAAGGCGAGAUCUGUCUACGAGCUCGAUAUUGGCUUGCACUGGGCCUGUACUACAAGUGAUCUUGAAGCACUGGAGGAUGCGCUCAAGAAAUCAAGAGUAUCAAUUCUUCGACUGGAUCUUCAACAAUUUCGGACGAGCGUCGUCAGGAAACUACUAUCGACAUCCACACCAUAUGACGUCAUUUCCCGCAUCAGAGAUCUUCCUAAUAUGAAAGUACUUCAUAUUCUUCUUUCAAAGGAGCUCGUCAACUUCCUUGGAUUUCCACCCAAAAAAUCAACUCAUGUUUGUAAGAUGUCCUGCGAACUGGCAUCUACAUUAAUUGGAGGAAGGGAGUUUGGAAUACUAGCUGAGGCACUCAAGACCAACUCGACCCUGACCACUUUGGACUUGGGGGGCAACUCGAUCGGAUUCGACGGAGCCAAGGCGCUGGCUGAGGCACUCAAGACCAACUCGACCCUGGCCACUUUGCACCUGUGGAAUAACUCGAUCGGAUCCGACGGAGCCAAGGCGCUGGCUGAGGCACUCAAGACCAACUCGACCCUGACCACUUUGGACUUGGGGAAUAACUCGAUCGGAUCCGACGGAGCCAAGGCGCUGGCUGAGGCACUCAAGACCAACUCGACCCUGACCACUUUGGGCUUGGGGAAUAACUCGAUCGGAUCCGACGGAGCCAAGGCGCUGGCUGAGGCACUCAAGACCAACUCGACCCUGACCACUUUGGACUUGGGGGGCAACUCGAUCGGAUUCGACGGAGCCAAGGCGCUGGCUGAGGCACUCAAGACCAACUCGACCCUGGCCACUUUGCACCUGUGGAAUAACUCGAUCGGAUCCGACGGAGCCAAGGCGCUGGCUGAGGCACUCAAGACCAACUCGACCCUGACCACUUUGGACUUGAAGUACAACUCGAUCGGAUCCGACGGAGCCAAGGCGCUGGCUGAGGCACUCAAGACCAACUCGACCCUGACCACUUUGCACCUGUGGAAUAACUCGAUCGGAUCCGACGGAGCCAAGGCGCUGGCUGAGGCACUCAAGACCAACUCGACCCUGGCCACUUUGGACUUGAAGUACAACUCGAUCGGAUCCGACGGAGCCAAGGCGCUGGCUGAGGCACUCAAGACCAACUCGACCCUGGCCACUUUGGACUUGAAGGACAACUCGAUCGGAUCCGACGGAGCCAAGGCGCUGGCUGAGGCACGCAAGACCAACUCGACCCUGACCACUUUGGGCUUGUAG